AUGCCAUUAAUUGUUUUACCAAUUUGUGCGGCGGUCGACGUCGAGGUCCGCAAUACCGUUGGAAACGCUAUAAAGCGUUUGGAAAUACUAGACUGUGCUGCCGAGCCGUGCACCCUUACCUUGGGCAAAUCAAUCAACGUAUCUAUCACAUUUCAGGCCGACUUUGAAGUACCGGAAGAUUCCCCGACCAUUGAAACAUUCAUAAACCUAUGGACCGGUUAUUAUCGAUACGAUAGACAGUAUGCGGUCACCGAUUAUGACGAGACAAAGGCUGUCGUCCUAAAGAGCGCAUACACUGUAUUGAAAACCAUUUGGAUUUGUACCGACAAAGUCUACUACGAAUGGAACGACCCUGAUCAAUCUCGCCCCAACUAUGGCACACCCCUUGGUAUUCGUGAUGUUGUAUUUGAGCUCGCCGAUCAUGGUUGGUACAGUUACAGAAAAGUACUUGCUGCAGCCGCAUUCAGACCCACUAAUAUAGAGGCGGAGGCGGUGUUGGCGUUGGGUAUAACCGGAAACACAGAGGCGUCGCAAACCCUCAGAUUGUUUGCUCCCUUAACCCUCAACUGGGGGUCGACCACAACGUCCGGCCUCUCUAUCGCUCCCAUACGACAACUGCCCGCCGGAUGA